CGGAAGUGGGCUGGAGGUGUGGCGGAAGUGGCUGGGGAGCAAGGAGCCCGGGAGGAGGCGGUUCCCGUUUUUUGCAGCGGAGCCGGAUGUUUGCCGAGCUCUGACAGGCGUGGCAAAAGGAGCGGAGCCCGACCGACCGCGGUUUCUCUUCAGGUUCUGUGGGGUGAGGCUGUCGGGACAGGCUCAGCUAUGGACCCACUUUCAGAACUGCAGGAUGACCUGACCUUGGAUGACACCAGCCAGGCUCUGAACCAGCUGAAGCUAGCCUCCAUUGAUGAGAAGAACUGGCCUUCGGAUGAAAUGCCCGACUUUCCCAAGUCAGAUGACUCCAAAAGCAGCUCCCCGGAGCCUGUCACACACCUGAAGUGGGAUGACCCUUACUAUGACAUUGCCCGGCACCAGAUUGUGGAGGUGGCAGGGUGUGAUGAGCCUGAGGGGGCCCAGCCAGGAGAUGACAAGUAUGGGCGGAAGAUCAUUGUGUUUAGUGCCUGCCGAAUGCCUCCCAGCCACCAGCUGGACCACAGCAAGCUCUUGGGGUACCUGAAGCACACCCUGGACCAGUACGUGGAGAGUGACUACACACUGCUGUACCUGCACCACGGCCUGACCAGCGACAACAAGCCCUCCUUCAGCUGGCUCCGCGAUGCCUACCGGGAGUUUGACCGAAAGUACAAGAAGAACAUCAAGGCCCUGUACAUCGUGCACCCCACCAUGUUCAUCAAGACCCUGCUCAUCCUCUUCAAGCCCUUCAUUAGCUUCAAGUUUGGGCAGAAGAUCUUCUAUGUGAAUUACCUGAGUGAGCUGAGCGAGCACGUGAAGCUGGAGCAACUAGGGAUCCCUCGCCAAGUGCUCAAGUAUGAUGACUUCCUGAAGUCCACACAGAAGAGCCCUGCAACAGCCCCCAAGCCCAUGCCCCCUCGGCCCCCGCUGCCCAACCAGCAGUUUGGGGUCUCCCUGCAGCACCUCCAGGAGAAGAACCCAGAGCAGGAGCCCAUUCCUCUCGUGGUCCGCGAGACUAUUGCUCACCUGCAGGCCAACGCUCUCACCACGGAAGGGAUUUUCCGGAGGUCUGCCAACACCCAAGUAGUACGAGAGGUACAGCAGAAGUACAACAUGGGGCUGCCUGUGGACUUCGAUCAGUACAACGACUUGCACCUGCCAGCGGUCAUCCUCAAGACCUUCCUCCGGGAGCUUCCUGAGCCCCUGCUCACCUUUGACCUCUACCCUCACGUGGUGGGCUUCCUCAACAUUGACGAGAGCCAGAGAGUGGAGGUGACGCUGCAGGUUCUUCAGACGUUGCCCGAGGAGAACUACCAGGUGCUUCGUUUCCUUACUGCCUUCCUGGUGCAGGUUUCCGCUCAGUGUGACCAAAACAAGAUGACCAACACUAACCUGGCUGUCGUCUUUGGCCCUAACCUGCUGUGGGCCAAGGAUGCUGCCAUCACUCUCAAGGCCAUUAAUCCCAUCAACACCUUUACCAAGUUCCUCCUGGACCAUCAAGGGGAGUUGUUCCCUACCCCUGACUCCUAGGGGCUCUGAGCCCAGCCCCUGCCCACCAGCCCCCUUCUCUGAUAGCCCUUCCUCUGGGAGCCCAUUCGGACUCCUGCCCAGGAAGGGGUCAUGAGGCCCGAGGAGAAAGAAGCUGGAGCCAGCCCACUGGACAGCUCCUCCUCCCCUUCUUUCCAGUCCACCUCGCCGGCCCUGGAGGCCUUGCUGUUACCAUGAGACAUUCUGUCCGCCUUAUACUUCUGCCUCCUUGUGUCCCUGGUUCCUGUGGGGCUGUGCAGAGCUGGCCCUGGCUCUUCCAGUGGGAGGACUGGCUCCAGCAAUCCUUUCCUCCUUUCUCCUGCCUCUUUGCCUGACAACUGCAGAUGCCAAAAUCACGGUCAGCUGGGACGGUAGCUGGGCUGGCCCGCCCCCUCCUGAUUGCCGGGGAAUGAAAGGCUGAGCUGGCUUAGGCAGGCCCUCUGAGGCUCCCCUCUGUCUGGGUGAAGGCCUGGGUACAAGCCCCUUGCUCUGUCCUCCCCUCAGCAUGGGUACUUCCACAGCUAAGGAAUUCAGCCUGGAACCUGCUUUCUGUUUCUGCCUUCUCUUUCACACAUCCUGGUCAGCUCUUCCCAAGUGGUACUGCCCCCAGAAUGUUCUAACCCCCUGCUUCUGCCUGGACGCAGCUUGGAUAACAUGGCUGAGUUCUAGCAUCCAUUUGAGACAGACAGUACCCCCACCCUGAGAGACCCCCGGUGCCUAAGCAGGGGAGCAGGCUCCGCCUCUGUGCCUUGUCUAAGGACAGACUAGGCCAAAGGCUCUUGCAGUCGUGUGUGUUGUGGAGUCACACUGGUCUCUGUGGUGUCUCCUUCCUCCUCCUGGGCAGAGAUUUUGCUAGUUAGUUCUAGCAACCUUCCCCAGGCAGUAGGGGUCCCAGGACCCUGUUGUCUUUCAGACAACCUGGACUCCAGUGAUGAUGGCCGUCCUGCAUUCCAACUGUCCUUUAGAAUUACACUCCUUCAUGGAGAACACUGAGAAUCCACCCCCACCCCUCCGCAGUCUUUUUGAUUUCUGGCAGUAGGGAAAAUCCUGAACAGUGACCCUGUCCCCACAGCCAUGGCCAGAGCCUAGAGCCUGUAUGAUGGGGGUCCUCACUGACCAGCCCAAUUCCUUUUGGCUGCUCUCCCAGGGCACUGGUGUGUCAGGAUCCUGGUACCUGGCUGGCUGCUGGUUCUGUUAGUGUCUCUAGCCUGGGCACAGGCCUCAGCUUUCUGCCCUACUUUGUGUGUCAGGUGUUCUCAGGCCCUUUUCCUGGGAGCCUACGGAUCUAUUUGGUCUUUCCCUUCCCCUACCCGACUGGUUAGUAGGGACUGGGGGAAGGGCUUGUACUGUGAAUCAAGUGUACACAUUCACACUUUAUGAAUUCCUUGGCAUCAAUCAUGUAUUUCACCUCUGCACUUUUUGUAUUUCAAUAAAAAUGGAGAUGGAAACUGCCCAUCUGACUAUUAAA